ACGUGCGAAGUGCACGGAGUACCGAGGGCUAGCUAGGGAAGGAGACCGGAGAUGCUUCGCCUGUGUGUUUGCGCGCUGCUGGUGGGGUUGGCGGUAGGUAAUGCAGAAAUACACCCCCUGAAUCUCAUCAGACGCGACAGGGCCAGCAUCAUGUUGGAAAAAGAGAUCGUGAUACAGGUGAACACGUCUGUGUUGGAGUCGUCUGGAUCGUGGGUCAACGUGUCGUGGAGUGGGGUGCCUUCUCCGGGGUCCGAAGACUGGAUUGGAGUAUACUCCCCUCCAGUCAACAACUCCCUUGAUCCUGCCAAACAUGCACCCGUGAAAUAUCAGUAUGCUAACAGAAGUCCCACCCACCUGAAAGAGGGGACGUGGCUACCUUCUCUUUCGCCUUGUCAACAUGAGAGCUCCAAUCAUAAUGGCCUUCCUAAGGGGCGGUUUUAAAACUCCAACUCUUGCAUCAGUUAGUGGAUUGGUCACAUUCCAGAACUGGAAUGAGCCACUUCAGACACACUUGGCGCUUACUGACGACCCCACCGAGAUGAUAGUGGUGUGGGUUACAAAGAAUUCCAGCAAUCCACAGGUCAAAUGGGGCACAGCCAGUGGGGACUACACUCACAUACUUGAUGCGGAUUCCUCCAGCUACAGUGCCAGUGACAUGUGUGGCUCUCCAGCCAUUGACUUUGGCUACAGAGACCCAGGUCUCCUGCACAAGGCCAAGCUGAGCGGCCUCCAGCCUGGCCUCACCUACUACUACACCUGUGGAGACCAGCAGUUUGGCUGGAGCCAAGAGUUCAGCUUCAGAGCUGCCAUGCCCGCCUUCUUCGAAACAACAACUAGAGUCUCUGCUUUUGGAGAUAUGGGAGUUGCGGAAUUGGACGACAGCCGACAGAUUGUCAGUCCCGAACAGCCGGCCAUUAACACGACGAGACUCCUCAAUUACUAUAGAGACGAGACGGACGUGGUGCUGCACAUUGGCGACAUCGCCUACGCUGUGGGAUACGCUGCAACCUGGGAGGAGUUUUUUGACCAGGUCCAGUCAGUUGCAGCCAAUGUCCCAUACAUGGUCUGCAUUGGAAACCACGAGCGAGAUUUCCCAGGCUCAAAUGGGUUGUUUAAUGGGACUGAUUCUGGUGGCGAGUGUGGUGUGCCUCAUGAGAGGAGGUUCCCUAUGCCUAGACCUGCACUGGAUCAGGCCUGGUAUGGGUUCGACUAUGGAAGUGCCCAUUUCGUUCUGAUGAGUACUGAGCAUUUCUUUUACCCCGGAUCGCCCCAAUACCAGUUUCUUGAAACACACCUCAAGGCAGUGGACAGAACAAGAACUCCAUGGCUGAUUUUUGCUGGACACAGACCAAUGUAUAUUGACAGCACCAACUACGAUAUACCAGCUGGAGAUCAGACCGUCGCCAGGGAACUCAGGAAAUAUGUGGAACCACUCCUUAAUGAGUACAGAGUCGACGUGGCAUUCUGGGGCCACCAUCACUCGUACCAGCGGACCUGCCCUGUCUACCAGGAACACUGUACUGAGGGGGCCACCACACAUAUUGUCAUUGGAAUGGCUGGCAAAGGGCUUUCUAAAAAUGUCUUUGCCCAACGUCCAUCUUGGAUAGAGUAUCUGGAUUAUGAGCACUGGGACUGUCGAGGUUCACUACCAAUGCUACUACGUUCUCCUUCGAGUAUAUCAGAGAUGACGAUGGACGGGUUCACGAUACUCUGGUGCUCAGGAAAUAGACGUGUUACUAUAUUAUUAUACACUCCCCCUAUGAUGUGACUUAUCAGCUAGUGACAUAAGAAUUUUCAUAGCCUUUGUCUACUUUUUGUGUGUCUGCAGAUAGCAGCGUACUAUAUAUUUCACAUGUGCAGCAGUAUAAUAUACACGCAAUGUCCAUCCUUUGGCAUUUGGAUGAGGAUCAU